CACUCACACUCAAAUGAUGCUUCUCUAGUAACUCACAGCGAAAAGACUGACAAACUGAGCUACUACUAUUACAGCAACUCUCAAGCAACUCAAGAGCUACUUCAAGCUUAUCUUCAUCAAGUUCAUCUACAUCUUCCAACACUUGCGCUUCAAGGAUGCUGUGCCUGUACGUGUGCUUCUUCCUCAGCUUCUCUGGAGUGGCCCUUUCUAACCUCCAGGAGAAACAGACAGACUUUGGAAUGCGGGUCUUCUCCCAUGUGGCCCAGACCUCCAUGGGCUCUAACCUGGCCUUCUCACCCUACGGCGUGGCCACCAUCCUGGGCAUGGCUCAGCUGGGCGCUGGGGGUAACACCCUGAAGACACUCAAUGCCAAAUUGGGCUUCUCUCUACAAGAGCGAGGGAUGUUGCGUCAGCAGUGUCUGCUACAGCAAUACCUCUCCAGUGAGGAGGGAGUGGAGCUGGCCAGUGGGGUCAUGGUAGAGAAGAAGAUGGCCCUGGAGAAGGGCUUCAGGAGGCGGCUGGGGAAAGCCUUCCAGGCCUCCCCUCACCAGUUGGACUUCUCCAGGCCAGACCAGGCCCUGGAAUUCAUCAACGCCUGGGUCUCUGACCACACCGCAGGUACCAUCCCUUCGUUCCUGUCAUCCGGUGCUCUGACCGACGAGACCCGCAUGGUCCUGCUGAACGCUCUGCACUUCCAGGGGUUAUGGAAGGUGCCCUUUGACCCCAAGAUGACAGAGGAGAGGCUGUUCCACUGUGCCAACGGCAGCUCUGUGCCCGUACCCAUGAUGAGGCUCACACAUCGCUUCAACUAUGGUGAGUUCGAGACCCCCGACGGUGUGGACUAUGACGUCAUCGAGGUUCCGUACGAGGGCGAGUCCCUGAGCAUGCUGCUGGUCACACCCUUCGAGUCCGAGAGGCCAGUGAGCGCGCUCAGUAGCGAGCUGACCACCAGACGCCUGCAGCAGUGGAGAGAGGAGUUGAGGAGUGUCAACCGUCAACAGGCCCUGCCCAGGUUUACCCUGGACACUGAGGUGGAUCUGAAGUCUACACUGACCAGGAUGGGGUUGGGGGACAUGUUCAACCUGGCCAAAGCAGACUUCACUCGCAUCACCACUGAGGAAAGGCUGUGUGUGUCCAAGGUUCUGCAGAAAGUCAAGAUUGAGGUGAACGAGAAGGGAACCAAGGGAUCAGCUGCCACAGCUGCCAUUAUGUUUUCUCGUAUGGCUGUAGAGGAGAUCACCCUGGACAGGCCCUUCCUUUUCCUCAUCCAACACAAGUCCACAGGUGCUGUACUGUUCAUGGGUCAAGUCAACCAACCCCAGCAACACUAACAGACCAAUAUACCAGAGAGGAAGAAGCGAAGAGAGAGGAAUAACGGCCCAAAAUCUGUCUUCUCCAGCGAGGAGUUUUUGUAUGGAGGUCAAUGAAAGUGUCAAAUUUGGUUAACAAAAAA